AUUCCAUCUAUUCUCUCGUCCAUUACCUUCUCCGUGUGUAUAAACAAUCGUGGCAACUAAAGGGCUCAAAAACAUCUUCAAAAUGGUUGCAUCAAAGAGCUGGCUGGAGCUCCCGACGGAUUCUCACUUCUCCAUAGCAAAUAUCCCUUUCGGGAUUAUUAGCACAGAGGGACAAGAACAGAAGAGGUCAGCUGUUGCCAUUGGUGAUUAUGCGCUGGAUCUGCAGUGUUUCGCAAAGAACGGCGGAUUCUCUGGGCUUCCUUCCAUCCAGGACAAGCUGUCCGUGUUUGGAGAACCGACCUUGAACUCAUUCGCAGCGCUUGGUCGCCCAGUGCACAAGCAAGUUCGUGAAUACCUCCAGGACGUGUUUUCGGAAGGUAGCGCUUUAUCAAAGGUUCUCAAAGACAACGAGGAGCUCAAGAAGGAGGCUUUAGUUCCUAGGAGCAAAGCCAAGCUUCACUUGCCAAUGCAAAUUGGCGACUAUACCGACUUUUUUGCCGGCAUUAAUCAUGCAUUCAACGUUGGAACUAUGUUCCGCGGUCCAGCCAACGCCCUCCAAAAGAAUUAUACUCAUCUCCCUGUCGGAUACCAUGGGCGUGCAUCGUCUGUCGUGGUCUCCGGAACGCCAAUUCGCAGACCUAACGGCCAAGUUAUCCUUGAUCCUUCCAAGCCUGACGAACCAAGCUAUACCGCAUGCAAGAGGCUAGAUAUUGAGCUCGAGCUUGCUGCGUUUGUGUGCACGCCAAAUAAACAGGGCGAGCCGAUACCAGUUGGCACAGCUGAGGAUAACCUCUUCGGUCUUGUCCUUAUGAACGAUUGGUCUGCAAGGGAUAUUCAAACGUGGGAGUAUGUCCCACUGGGCCCAUUCAAUGCCAAGAACUUCGGCACAUCGAUCUCUCCUUGGGUCGUCCUUAUGGAUGCCCUGGAGCCUUUCAGAACAAAGGCUCUGGAGAACUCUACUGAGUUGACCGCAUAUCUGAAAGACCCACGAGCGGAUCGUGCGUACGAUAUUAAACUUGAGGUUGACCUAACCACAUCGGACGGAACAAACACAACGAUCUCCAAGACUACGGCAGCAAACCUCCUCUGGUCAUUCCCACAAAUGCUUGCCCACCACACUGUCGGUGGCUGCCCAAUGAACACUGGUGAUCUCCUUGGGUCUGGUACCAUUUCUGGUACUGAGCGCGAUACUUUGGGGUCUUUGCUCGAGAUCAACCGUGCUGGCAAAGAGGAGGUCAAGCUUUCCAACGGAGAAGUUCGCAAAUUUCUCGUCGAUGGUGAUACUGUUACUAUUCGUGGGGCGUGCGGGGUUGAGAAUGGCCAACUUGUAGGAUUUGGAGAAUGCGUGGGCACCAUCCUGCCUGCCCCACCUCUCCAACAAUAAGUCAGCAAAUAGAUAUCUCGUACCUCGUAUAGUUCAGGGCUAAAACUUAAAUAAUUCCAUUGCUAAUGCCU